UUUGUCUCUCCUUUUUUUGAAUACUAUUUUUUGCCGCAAAACGCAAGACGCUUUUUACGUAAACACCGCAUUAGGAGAUAAUUUAUACAGCAUUUAUUUUUAUUUUCUUAUUUAUGUCUACUCUCUGCCAGCAUUAAUAAGUCGUAUAGACUCUCCGCUCAUUCAUUUAGCGGAGAGUCUACCCCAUCCAUCGUGUCUUACAGGGCUAGACUCACUAAUUUAAUAUCCUUUAACAAGAGGUUCAACGGUAAUAGAAUGAAUCCGUUAGUGAUACGUUAGUGCUAAGUGUCAGCAGGUAUUGCUGUAUCGAUUUUGUGAUAUUAGGGGUUGGAGGGAUAGUUGGAGGGAUACCGUAGAUAUCAUGGGAUUUGAAGGGUUUAAUGCGAUUUAAGAGAUACCGGGGGAUUACGGAGGAUUUCCUGUGAUUUGGAGAAUUGAGGGAAGGAUUCAAGGAAGGGGGAUUUGGAUGAAUUAAAAGGGAGCUGGGCCUAGGGUUUUCCGAGCCGCUCCUCGAUAGCAAGAUAUUCAGAUCAGGGCUUCCUCCUUAUAGCGCCGCAUGCAAAAUUUUGAAAAUCCUUAUAGCCCUUAUAACGCUUCCAUUUUUGUCUACAAAAAACUAGGCACACAAGAAAAAAGAAGAAACUCGAAAAAAAAGUUUUAUAAGGCCCUAACUGCCUGUUUUAUAAGGCCCUAACUGCCUGUUUUUAUUUUAUUUAAAGAAAAACUCAUGAUUCAAGACCUGCCAUUAAAUUAUUUUUUGCCUUGUAGAAUCUCGCGCUGCGAAUCGAUGGAAAGAAGCGUCAGCUGAGAUUUUAUUUAAACACUCCCCUCUUCCCCAUUUCUAGCUACAAGUCUUAUAGCUAAUUCCCCCUCUCAUUUAUUUAUUUUUCUAGCCAAAAAAUUAAAUUUUGUAUUCAAUCUCUCAUUUAAAAAAAUAUAUACAUUUUGCCAAAAAAAGAGAAUAUUCAAAAAGACAGGAGAGAGAGCGUAUAAAAACGAGAGAAUGGUAGACAAAACAAAAAUGUUGUUUCUGUCUUCUAAUCUUGUUUGUCUUGCUUUGAUUCUGAUUUCUAUUUUUGAUAAAUAUGGAGCUGAAAAACCCACAACAAUACAAAACAAUCUUGCGUUUGCUACGUUCCCGUCAACUGAUACAACAAAACGAUACAAAUUUAAUGAAGGUGGGGGCAAUAUAAAUUAG